GGUUGCGAUCAUGGACGUCCCUUGACAUUUUUAUGUUAAAUUGACAAACUAAGUGGAAACCGCUCUUGACAACCAUGCCAGGAGUUGUACUUUUCAAGAGGCGCUGGGAGUUUGCGAGUGAUGAUCUGGUGUUCCCGGGUAUUUUUGAAAUAUUCAUCCGAUUUGUGUGGCUAAUAGUGAUAGCUGCAGUGUUUCAUGUCAACCGCGGGGACUCGGACUGUACAGGAGGACAUUUACUCAAGGCUUUCUAUGUGGGCACUUUGAUUAUGCAGAGUGUCAGCCUGAUACUGGGGCUGUUCAUUGUUUACACCAGUAUGCAGGGGACCAUUACAAAUGUUAGGCCUAGAAGGAGGAUGCCUUUAUUACUGUACAUAAAAAUGAGCCUUGGCAUUCCAGAAUUAGGGUACAUAAUUGUGGGGACAUACUGGGCCUUUGGAAAGUCCUAUGGCUGUGACUGGGAAGUGGUAUGGACUGUGAAAGCCAUGGUGAUUUGUGGCUGGGUGGCUUUUCUGUUUGUUAUUAUAUCAAUGGCCAUCCUGUUUGAUCCUCUGGGGAGGAAGCAUGCCCGUGCCAAACAGAUGAGAGGGACAGAUGCACUGGUUAGUACUGAUGGAGAACAAUUCAGGGUUGGAGCAGCCUCAGCAGCUACUAGAGUAUGGGAAACAAGAUGUAAGAUCCUCUGUUGCUGCGUAGGGUGUGAUGAACAGACUCAGUCAGCCUUCUCAGACAUAGCGAAACUUAUUUCACUCUUCUUUGAGGAUGUGGAUUUAGUCCCCACGGAUAUUGGUGCAGGCUUGAUCCUCCUCCACCGUGAUCAGGUAAUCAAAGAAGCAAAUUUGACGGAUGUAGUCACUGAAGCUGUAUCUUCAACAUCUGUAACAGUCAACACAGAACAUCCACCUCAGGAUGUCUCAGAUAGCUCACCAGCCAUGCCGUCUACAGACAGAGCUGAAGAGAGUUCUGGGGCAGGGGCAGCAACUCCAGUCCCUGGUGCAGAAAGUUUGGUCUCACUUCAGAGCCUUAUCCCGGCCUCUUCACCUUUUGAGAAACCCAGUCCUCCUCGCAAGAGCUGGAUGAACAUAUCCUUGAUAACACACUACAUGAAGUAUUCCAUGGCCAGUUAUGGAUGGCCACUCUAUGUCUUCUCCAACCUAAUGACUGGUGUGUGUAAAUUAUACCCAUAUUGUAGGUGCUGCAACUGUAUAUAUUCUCAUGAUGCUGUUAGGAAGGAUAAUAUCUGUCAGUGUCACACAGCCGCCAUUCGCAGGUUUACAGGUGUUCAGGAAGAGGACCUCAUCCAUGCCAGCUUCCACAAUCAGAUAUAUGAAAUUCCAUUUUUUGUGGCCAUAGACAGAGAACACAGUGCUGUUGUUAUUUCUAUCAGAGGUACCAUGUCGCUGAAGGAUGCGUUGACAGACUUGAGUGCAGAGUGUGCUGCCCUAGACAUAGAGGGGCUAGAGGAGUGCUAUGCUCAUAAGGGGAUUCUCUCAGCAGCUACCUUCAUUUUGAAACAGUUAAAUCAGCAACAGAUUCUAGAGAAGGCUUUUAGCAGGGCAGAGGGUUAUGAGCUGGUAGUGUGUGGUCACAGCCUCGGGGGUGGUACUGCUGUCUUACUAGCCACAUUGCUCCGCCCUAAGUACCCCGGGGUCAGGUGCUUCUCUUAUUCCCCACCAGGUGGACUGCUCAGCCCUGUGAUGAGCCAUUACAGCCUGCAGUAUGUGUGCUCCGUUGUGCUGGGGAAGGACCUCAUUCCUCGCCUCAGUCUGGUCACUGUGGAGGACCUCAAAAUGGACCUGCUCAAAGCUCUCAGGGACUGUGACAUGCCAAAGUACCGUGUAUUACUUGGUGGCUGUUGGCAAGUGCUGUGUGGUGUCUCAACCAAUCAGAGUUCUCUUUCCGUCAUGAGUCGACACACAUCUGACAGUCCUCUGAUAGACAGUGUCACCUCCUCUCACGCAAACUACACUAGCUCCGAUGUGGACCUUCAGCAUCGCAAAAGUUUACAGGAAGCCCUGCGUGAUGCGAUCAUGAGCAGUGGAAGGUCACGCAUCACGCAACGUCCCCUCCUUCCCCCUGGACAUCUCUUACACAUCAUCGAGGUGGAGAGCAGCAAGAACUGGUGUGGCACCCCUCAGUACUCGGCUGUCUGGAGCUGUCAACAGGCGUUUGAUGAGAUUCUUGUCAGCCCUAAGAUGGUGUCGGAUCAUCUCCCUGACAACUUGUUCAUUGCUCUACAACAGUUAGACGCUCGCAAUUAUGUCCCUAAGGUCCUCCAACAACACAAGGCUAACCCUCAAACACUGUAACACCCGGUGGAAUUUGCUUGACAAAACUCAAAAAAUAAGUAACUCUUUUAAAAUGAUAUGAAAAUGAUGAUAAUUUUUUAGAAUUGUGCCACUUGGCUAUCUAGUAAUGAUAAAAUGUGUAAUCACUGUUAAAUUCAGGGAAAUUUUGGAGUGGUGAUCAAAAAGUGUUGCGGGUGGAAAAUUUUAUAAUGUUUUGCUUAUUUCUUACUUAUUCUACAAAAGCUAUAUCAGUCAUUUUUGUUUUCCAUUACAGUUUGUGUGGAAAGUUGAUGUCUGUUAAAUGGUGAUGGCCAGACUUUUCGACUUUCAACAGCAUUUCAGACAAAUUUCUUGAAAUGAUAUGACAAAAAAUGAUUUCAAUUAUAUGUUAGUGCUGUUAUACUGUUAAGAAUUUUAGGGUUUAGUUUAUAUUUCAUAAAAUCUGUCGGAUGAGUGAAAUAUUCUUGCUUAAAACACAAUCAAAGAAAUGAAUGUUUGAUUGUGAGAAUGGAUGAACUCCUUACAACCUACCAUGUGUUAUUUUGUAAAAAAAACCUGUAUUGUACCAAUGUUAUAAUCUGACCAAAGUAUUGUUGACAGUAUAUUCUGAUAGAUAUCAGGUUUAUAACCGUUAUUUAACAAACACUUGUAAUGGCUAGUCAGAAUUUACACUUCUUUCUUAAGUUUGGAUGUGGAAUUUGGUGUCUGUAUAUAGUUGGCAUCCCGGUACAUUGAUUAAGAUCAAUAGAAGUAGGUUUUGUUGGUCUGUUCUGGUGAACUUUUAUUUUAAAAUUUUGGUAUUUUUACUACUUUGGCAUCUUUAUUUGCAUUGCUUCUGUAAAUAUUGCAGACGUUUGUGUUUUUUGGUUUUCAUUUUUUGUUCAACUAUUUUGAUGCUCGGUGAGAAAAUGUGUUUUUUUUAAAUUAUGUGUGUACAUGAUCUUUUAUCUAAAUAUUAUAUUCUUGCUUUUUUUAUGCAACACAUUUAUGAUGCUAUAACAUUUUGCUCUCCUUUUAUUCAAACAUUAUAUCAUUUGAACUGUUAAAUAGUGCCAUUCAGCUCUCAGCAUCUAUGAUAAAAGUUCCAGUGCUUAUAUUUUCUUAUUUCGUUUUUUUGAGAAAUAGAACUGUGUUUGUAUAGUUGUUUUCUUGCUCUCUUUGAGGUUAGACAUCAGUGUUCCGGAUGUAACAUAAUAUGUGAUAUUUUAUAGCAACAUAUGUAACUUAGGGGUGAUAUUAUAUAAUGUAGCCUAAGCAUCAGUCUAUUGUUUGUAACGUAAUUAGUAACAUAGAAUUAUGGUCUGAAAGUUGAUCCAUUUUGAAUGCAGUGUCAAGCUACACAGUAUGCAAAUGUAAUCAUGCUUUGACAGCAAGAAAAUUGGAUUGACUGAUACCUAAUGUCAUCCAACUGAAAAAAGGCAUGGCUGUUUUCUGAAAAUUUUCAUCUCCUUCAUGUUUUGGAUGAAAGGACAAAUCAUUUUGCUAGUGAUAGUGACACAGUCAGAGUGGUCAUAGGUGGUUUUGCGAUCAGCUGCAAUCUUCACAAAUUUAGGCUGAUUGUAAUUGCUGGGGCUUUGUCAUACGUACAAGCUAUGCACGAGCAUGGCAAAGAAUCUUUAAUCGCAUGCACAAUUUUAUCACACAGUGCCUUUCAUUUCAGGCCAUCAUGUGAGCUCCGUAUGUAAAUAGUAGUUUUGCAAGUCAUUAGUUCACUUUAGGUGUGCCUACAAACAAUUGCUAGGGGCCUUCAUGGCCAUGGGGGUUAGCACACCAGUUUGGAGCAAUGACCCAGGAGCAUCUCACCAAUGCCGUCAUUGUGAGCUCAAGUCCAGCUCAUGCAGGCUUCCUCUCUGGCUGGUUGCCAGCAUCAGAUGGAUUGGCUGUAAUAGACCAUGAUCAGAAGAUCGGGACAAAUUGUAUAUGUCAAAGUAUGUGUAUUCAUAGCUCUGUUGUGACUGGAGCUUUGAGUCCUCGCUUUAAACAAGCUGUGAUGUAUAGCUUAAAUAUACAAGUCAAACGUUGUGUGACUUAAACACCAAUAAUUAAAUAAGUGACUCAAACUGUUUCAUAAGCAGGUACAUACAAUUUUCCAUCCUUGAUGUCUUGGACAAUUUAAGACGAAUUGAACAUCUACCUUACCACAGCUUUGCAUUGCAGCCAAAAACAAUAAAACACAGUAUAUACAUGCACCUUCCUUUAGUCAUAACAGUCCCAGCAGUCUUAUUCAUCAAAAGUAUACAGAUAUCCAUAAUUCAUAAUUUACUCCUGUUGUGGUGUUUCUCUUUUUAAUUUAUAUCUUUAUAUUAUUGUAGAAUAGAUGUUUCCUUUAUAUUUUCCUCCCUUUUUAGCAUGUGUGACCCUGGAUCUCUAAUAAAUCUUCCCUUUAUCUAUUAUUAAAAUUGCAUACAUGUACACAUAUAUACAGAUCUAUAUAUAUUAUCAGGUGCAUAUUUGAAAAUUUGCAAACCAUUGACUGUAUGAACGUGUGGGUGUGCCUUUUGUAAAUUGCCGAGUAAUCUUUGUGUGUCUUUUAACUCAAAUAGUUCAGUGUUGACGUUAUUCUAUCUAGUAAUGAAUUUUGUACUUCACAGAAGGUAACUUACCUCAGAUUUGUUUCUGGGGUUUUGGAUGAUAUUAACUUACAACAGAAUGCCUACCCUAAGCACGUCACUGCUCAGCUGUGGAAGGUCAAAAUGUGUUCAGGGCAAAAUGUCUUAGGCUCUUCAUAUUAUUAUAGGACAUAAAAAUCAUGAAUUAAUUUUGGGAUUUAUUGAGAUUUAAUAUGGGAUUAUUACAGUGGAUUUUAAUGCUGUAAAUAUUUAUAAAAAUCUGUGUAAAUCCAAAAACACAUGUAAAUUCAGAAGCUUACGGAAAAUCUCGCUGUUAGGGUGUUAGAGUACCAGCCUGGUCUUUUGGGAAUCUUAUUUCAGCAGGCACCUGUUUAGUGAUUGUAAUUAGGACCGUCUUUGACCAGGUUCAGUCACUUUGAGAAAGUUGUAGAAAGCACAGUCACUGUUCUGUCUUUUAUGUAAAAUACUAGCAUGUUAGCAGUGGAUGUUAAAUGACUAAAAGUGUAACUCUGUAAUCUCCCAGACUCUCAAAGCUUUUGAUUUAGCUGGCUGGCAUACUAUCUAUAUGUAGGUGAAUUGACGUAACAAAUGUAUUCUGGGUGUUUGCAAGCUAUAUUUGACCAGCUUCACAGAAGAUAUUAAUAAAUACUCAGUUGAUGUAUUUGGGAAAAGAUGCUCAUGUUCAUCUUCAAAGCGACAUCUCAACAAAAUGGUACAAAAUUCCUGAAUGACGUCAGUUGUCAGUAUAACCUGCUGUCUGUGGUACGCACACCCAGGCUGUAUAUACACGAGGCUUCUGCUAAUGCCUUCUAUUUACAGAUGAGUGAGAUGGUUAUAUGCUGUCAGUGCGUUUGUGGUGCAUGUACAUGUGUAUGUUUACAGUUAUGCUUUAUUUUUACUCUUUUUCAGAGCUAUUUUUAUCAAUAAAUAAAGUUCUUUUUCUUGUAAUAUUUUGACUUCUGUUAUCAAUUUAGCAAAUUUUGCUACUAAGAAUUUCGUAAGUGAGAUCUAUGGCAUAAAGUACAUGUGUAGAGGGUUUUUGAUCAUAGCCCUAAUGUUAGGCUUGAUUUGCUUGUGCUGGGCAUCUGUGAAUAAUUUUACUCACUUCGCCUGUUAUGAAAGGAAUUCUGUGCACUUUAACCUUUCACCUAAUGUCUUAAUUACUAUAUAUAUCUCUUAAGUAAAAUGACUUGUUUUAAGGACAAUUUACUAAGAACUUUUGGUAAAUUCAUUCUCUUGUUUUGUACAUGCAUCAUCGAUUGUACAACUAAGGAGUGCACAUUAUCAAAUCCAUGAUUUUCUCAUACCUUCUUUUCAGAAAUGAUUACUAAUUAUGUCAUAGAAUUGAUUUACUUGAACAACUGUGAAAGAACUCAUUAUACAUUUGAAAAUGGUUCAAAGGCUAUAUUUGUAGUUAAAAAAUUGUCAGUGGUGCUAAAUUUGAA